AUGGCACAGGAUAUUGCUGUCCAGGCACACGUUGCUAGCAGCAAUGAGUUGUCUGGUCUGGCUGAGAACCAGCGCUAUCGCAUUCAGCAGUACGAGAAGAUUGUGCGCUUCCAAGUUGCUGUUCUCUCUGGUGGACAUCCCACCAUCAAACUUUCCUCUAACCAGAUUGCAUCCGCACAAUCUCUUGAUCAUCCGAUAGAUAUUUCCACGUCAAAUGGCGUUCCGAACAACCAAGCAGACAGACUGCUGUAUUCUACCGCGAAAGAGCAGAACGCAGACGCGACUACCACUGUUUCUUCUAGCAAUGCAAAGAACAGCAAGCCAUAUGGAACUGGGUCUACUGAGAUCAAUCCCAUAUUCCUAGAAAAGUCUGAUGACUUGGUUAAAGCAGAAUUGCAAUUGCAAAGACAGAGGCUAGAACGUGCUUUACGAGACGAGGUCGAUCAGAGACGGGUUACUUCUAAGAGUGUAGCUCAAGGGGAGCCAGUUCUCGAUUUUGAUCUUAACCAAGUCUUGUCGAAGGCGUUGACUCUUGUCCAGAGCAGUGCAGGGCCUGGCACUACCUCUCCUGCUGCUGAUGCUACUAACCCUGACAAUGCAAGUGAUUCUUUCGACGACAACACUUUCUACUCUUCGCAACACAACACACCGUCCCCCGUUUUGACUUCCCGAGUUCGCAACGAAUCCGAAGACGCGCGAGUGCUCGACACGGAACCACAACCGCCGAUGAACCAUCACAACGUUGCUAUUUCCCGACCUCGUCCGACUGAUCCAGAGCCAAUCCAUCUGGACCCCUAUAAGCCUAACAUACCUAGGCCCCAGCAGGGUUCUUCAAACGGGGCAACCUUCGCUGGUCCCUCAAGCAUCAAUACCAUCUCGAGACAAGGGCAGGUUCCUGGCCUUAGCGCUUACAAUGAAGGCAAAGCUAUAUCGGGACAAGUUGUCGGUGCUGGACAAAAUCCUAUCAAUUUGGAGCUUGAGGGGCGUCAAGGCGAUUAUGGAUCAGCCGCUCGACAGCCACCCCGUGAAAACUAUGUUGACAGUCGCCCCCCUUCUCCUUUGAUACGGGGACGCGACCGAUCGCCUCAAAAUGCUCAAGGCUCGCCACUGAGAAAUGCUAGGCGGCAACCUCUUGCUGCCGAAGCGACUUCAACUUCGUCCACGGGUACUCCUGCCCAAGUUGCCGCUCUCAGAAAUGAGCCAAUUGCCGUGACCAGUCCUGAAAGCUCGCCGCAAGGCGGAAGAGUAUCUGACAAGCGGAAGGCAAAGAAAAAGAAGAGAAAGGCUGACAAGCAAGCGCCAGAGGCUGAAUCAACUCCUUAUAUCAAGGCAGAGCCUCGAUCUCCAUCUCCCAUGAAUGCUCCAUCCUAUAUACGUCCAAAUAAACGUCAAAGGUACACACAGCAACAGCCAGAUGAUCCUGGCUAUGAAGAAGUCCGUUAUGAGCCGCACCUAGGCCAUUAUCCGCCAGAGCCUCUACAACACCGCCAGGAGAGGGAUAACCGAUUGCCAAUAAGUUAUGAAAGAGUAGGCUUUUCUUCCCAGCGUGCGGCAAGCACUACUGUUCCAGGGAGUACUAUCUACAGGAGAGAAUAUGCCGAUGAACCAUAUGCUUCCAACAGGUCUUAUGCCAUUGAACAGUCUCCGCUCAUUCCCGCUCACCCUCAGAGACAGUCGGUUGGAGGAACAGGAGGUUCUCAGGUUCGACCUAACGACGGUUAUCAACGCCCAUCAUGGCCCUACUCGGGAGCUCAUGAAGCAUCGCCUGCCACAUUUAGGUCUGAAGGCGAUGUCUUCAUGACACCCCACAGACCAGCGCCCACUCGAAUCAUUGUAGAUGCUUUUGGACGUGAGUAUAUUGAGCCGCCGCGUUCGAAAAUUAUCCGGCAGUCUGCUGCCCCUCCGGCCCGAUCCGGAGAGCCUGAGAUCGUCUAUGAACGAGCUCCGCCUCGAAGACCACAGGGGAUGGAAACAUAUGAAGAAGGAGGGGCAGUCUAUCGGAGAAGGUCACCGUCGUAUAUGCCUAGACGGGUCGUUACACAACCUGAAUACAUCUCGCAAGAUUAUAGGGAUCAGCGCACACAUGAGCAUUCGACUCGUACGCUGGGUCCCUCAGGCGAAUUUAUUGAGGUAAUGGCACCUCCUGAACGACGCCGCAUGGAAGACGGGGCAAGGGAAUAUAUUACAAGGCCGACCAGCGUCCGACCAAUGGAGCCUAUCCGAUAUGAAGUUGCCCGGGACUACGGGCAAGUGCAGAGUGUGCGACCCGAGCCGCCCGUACGUCAAUAUGCAACAAGUGUUCACCCGGAAAACCGCCGUGAGGCUGCACAGCCUUAUGGGCGGGAAUACGGUGCCUUGACUGCAGAGCAAGGUGGUGUAAGACAAGAGUACAGCACGCGGCCGGUGGAGCGGUACUACAACCAGCCGAUGAGAGGAGGGGAGGAGAUUGCAUUCAUUGAGCGACCGCGAGGAGCAACACAGGAGAUUGUCUAUGCAGAUGAUGCAAGGAGAGAAGUAUAUCGCUAA